CAUUGAGGCGGCUCUCCGGUGAAUGGAAACAAACAUUAGUCCGGCCCGUUCGCGUCUAUAGCAACUCGCAAAACGAGGCGUCACACUUCGGCGACCUUCAUACUAACUAUACAAUAACACUUGAUUGGACGGAAGUGAACACCUUUACCGUUUUACCGUGAUAAACUAUGAGAUGUGCCAAGAAAUUAACAACACUUAUAUAAUUUAGGAAUACUGAUCAAUUCUAGAGGUUUUCCCUGCCGGAGCUGCCGGAGCUGCCCGAGUAUCCUGGGAUGAAGGAACACACGUACGGAUGGUACCCGGCUGUACGGGAUGUGUACACGGAGAGGAGACUUGGCAUGCCCACUGCAUACGAUUUGGAAGCGAUGUACAAGUUCAGGGACAGCAAAUAUUAUACGGCGCCCAACCCACCAUCACCCCGCACGCCUAAACCUUACCGACCGACGCCGACGCCGACUAAAAACAGACCGACGUCCAGUUCGUCGUCUAAAUCCGGUCGAGAAUCCGGACUGCAGGUGCGUGCAAAGAGUGCACCCAUUUAUAAUUUUAAAAGGGUUCCCCGAUUGGAGCUUCCCACGCCUCUCCAAUGCUGGGCCGGCAGUAGUGUGUCUGAGUCGGAGGUUGGGGAGACGCCCAGCUCUCAGACUUUACCAACACCCACUCCCCCUCCGCCUCGAAAUGAAACACCACAGGAACAACAGAAACAGGCGCGACGAGACCGGAUCAAGAGUGCUGUAAUACGACGUGACCGGGCGCAUGCGCCUAAACGCCCGGUCAAGUCAGCGGGGCCAACUCGAUCACCCGUUGAGGUGUAUCAUGCCCCAAAGGAGGACAGUGCGCCUGUCCCUCCUUCAUCGCCUGCGCAAGAAGUAUUUUACAUUCCAGAGCAACCUUCAUGCCGCCCAACGACGGCAGAAAUUUAUGACAAAAAUGUCAAAGAAUACGGGUGGAGGUUCGAAGUUCAUGGCGAUCCUUACAAGUUAAAGAAGAAGGCCCUGUCCAAGAGGCUUCCGUAUUACGUGACCGUCCCGGAUCCAGAAAUAGAGAAGGAGGGACCAAAGGUCAAAAUGGAAAAUAUGGAAACCUUCUUCUACAACACUAUCCCCAGACGUCCCGCCACAUUCACUAUACAUAAGGAGUGGAUCUCCGAAACGAUACACGCCCAGCGAAUGGAACUGCAGAAACGCGAGGGUAUCAAACACCGAUGGAAGAAUUUUAGUUUCGUGUAUUAGGAGUAACUCAACGUGUAUUACCAAUUUAAUGUUUUUAUAGUAUUUUUUUUAAUUAGAUUUUAAAGCAAUUGUUUACAUUUCGUUAAAUAUUUUACAGUUAUAUUUAUAUGAAACUGUGAUAAAGUGCAGCGCCCCUAUUAUAGAACAUUGGAUAGAUGUAUUCAUCUGUGGUGUUCCUCGGACGGCACACUAACAUAUAGCAAUGAUUUGUUACUUCUUGGGACGGUAUUUAAUCGAGCCAUGUAAUUAUACACGUACCAUAGCAGAUUGGUGGAAUACUAUACGCGUGUACAAAUACAAAUAAUGUAUGUGUCAGUAAUGUAGACGUUUAUUUCAGUGAUGUAUAAAAGCCUUGUAUUCCUGUAAUCUCCUCACCACUUAGCGCACGUGCCAGGUUCCCACGGGUAACAGCAGUGUUUACACCGCCAUGUAAGGCCUGAGACGGGACACAGAUGAGUGCUUCAGUCAGUUUCGUAUUUCGUGACUUAAAACUCUCUAUAGAAUGACCCCGUGUAAGUACUUGCUAUAUCAUAUAUAUGAUACCCAGGCUCAGUGACAGUGAACAGGGUUAUCAUGUUUGUUCUUCAGGUUCACGUUCUCAAGUUGGAUCAGGGAUAUAAUAAAUGUAUGUAGAGUAUAUUUAGUAUGUACAUACUAUCUAAAAUGACGCAUUCUUCUUUUUUCCUAUAAAACAAGUAUACUGUAGAAACUUACUGACAUGCGACAUUCCCGAGGGUUUCCGAACAUGUAUGUUAAUGAGGCGACAUUCCCAGGAUAAUGGCUGAAACCACCUGUUUCUCCUGUACGGAUGUGUGUAGCUUUUAUACACGUAGAGUAUGUUAAGUGAAUCAUUUCUGAUGUACGUGUAUAUGUUUUCUGUCAGUGAGAGUAUUUGAUUAACGCUCGUUUCUCUUUCUAAAUUAUUUGAAAGCAUGUCUUUUGUGAAACUGAACGGAUUUUCAGUAAACGCUCACCUUUAAGAUAUAUCUGGUGUCCUUGUCUCCCUGGUUUCCUCGACAUUUCCCCUUGGAACCAUCUCGUGUUGAAACAGCACACAUUAGAACUGGACACACCUAGUACAACCCUAACGCGGCCGAGCUGGUUCCCAAGGGGAAACAGACGUGAUCUGUUGUUGUUUUUGUUGUUGUUAUCGAUAUUGUUGUACAUAUGUAGAGCUUUUAUGCAUUAGACCAAAUCAAAUAUAUAUUUUGUAUGUGAUAUAUGUUAGUUUUAGUCAACAUUAUAGAAAUUAUAUAUAAUACCUACUCUCUGUAUAAAGUACUGGAGGUUUACAACGCAGUACGCGAGGAGAGCCGAUUACACCCGAAAUAACUGUUAGUGGAAACAAACAUAUACAGUAUAGGAAACUAAGAUUUGUUCUGUGUUUGUCCCUAUUGGAAUGGUAUUGUUACCUCCAGAAUGAUCAAAAUCAGAUCAAACUGUUGGACUUAUCAAAGGACUUUGUUUAAUAAAGUUCAAUUUACUGAUUCUUUGCAAA